UCCACGACUUGAUGGUUCACGCUUCGUCCCGGCGGUUUCGUCUCCAAGAAAUCCCUUCGCGUCUUCUUCGUAACCGCUGUUUCUACACUUAUCCAUGUCCGUACACACCGAUCUCUCCUCAGAGGACUGUUUCAGCUUCCUCAUGCCUGUCCCCUACGACCGAUAACGAUCAUCAAUCCCUCUUGCAUUACUUCGACCACGUUCUUGAAUCAUGCGUGACAGCUCAGCAAUGCCAACAAGUCCAUACCCAACUACUUAUAUCCGAUUCCAUAUACCGUUCCGGGUCAUCAUUACCUGCGAAGCUCGUCUCGGUUUACACCCUGUUCGAACUCCUCCGCGACGCACGCAACGUGUUCGACACUGUUCCGCUCGAGUUACACUCCGAUCUGCGUUUAUGGAGCUCAAUUAUGAGAUCCAACGUCUCUCACGGACACCACGAGAACGCUCUCGACCUCUACGACGCGAUGCGCGAGCGAGGUCUCACAGGGGACGGCUUCAUCUUACCCUUGAUCCUUCGAGCUUGUCGUUACUCAGGCCGUUUCGGUUCGUGCAGAGCUUUUCAUAGUCAUGUGAUUCAGAUCGGUUUGCGAGAGAAUCUCCACGUGGCGAACGAGUUGCUCGCGCUGUACCCAAAGGCGGGAAGGGUGGAAGAUGCGUACAAGGUGUUCGUCGAAAUGCCUAUGAGAAACCGUAUAUCGUGGAACGUCAUGAUCUCGGGUUUUUCUCAGGGGCGUGACUGCGAAGGUGCUGUUAGGGUUUUUGAGUGGAUGCGACGCGAGGAGUUUGUACCGGAUGAAGUGACUUGGACUUCGGUUUUGUCUUGUCAUUCUCAGUGUGGGAAGUUUGAGGAUGUUGUCAAGUAUUUUGAGGUGAUGAGGAUGAGUGUGAAUGUAGUUAGUGGGGAAGCUCUUGCUGUUUUAUUCUCUGUGUGUGCUGAGUUAGGAGCGUUCGGUACUGCUGAGAAGGUUCAUGGGUUUGUUGUAAAAGGUGGGUUUGAAGAGUAUUUGCCCUCGAAGAACGCAUUGACGUACGUGUACGGGAAGCAAGGGAGGGUUAAAGAAGCUGAGCAGUUGUUUAGGCAGAUAAGGAACAAAGGUAUAGAGAGCUGGAAUGCUUUGAUAACAUCGUUGGUGGAUGCUGGUAAACUCGACGAGGCGCUUUCGUUGUUUACAGAGUUGGAGGAGAUGAAUGGGUUUUGUAACGUCAAGGCUAACGUGGUUACUUGGACUUCCGUUAUCAAGGGGUGUAACGUGCAAGGAAGAGGAGAUGAUUCGCUUGAAUAUUUCCGGCGAAUGCAGUUUUCGGAAGUUUUGUCUAAUUCAGUGACGAUUUGUUGUGUACUGUCCAUCUGUGCAGAGCUUCCAGCUUUGAAUCCGGGGAAAGAAAUCCAUGGACAUGUGAUUAGAACCUCGAUGAGCGAUAACAUUCUUGUUCAGAAUGCAUUGGUGAAUAUGUACAGCAAAUGCGGGUCACUCAGCGAGGGGAAUUUAGUUUUUGAAGCAAUUAGGGACAAGGAUCUGAUCUCAUGGAACUCGAUGAUCAAAGGUUAUGGUAUGCAUGGGUUUGGUGAGAAAGCUCUAACUAUGUUCGAUAGAAUGAUAAAAUCCGGUUUACAUCCUGAUGGGAUUGCUUUGGUAGCUGUUCUUUCAGCCUGUAGUCACGCAGGGCUGGUUGAAGAGGGACGUGAGAUUUUCAGUUCGAUGAGCAACAAGUUUGGAAUAGAGCCACAGCAAGAGCACUAUGCAUGUAUUGUUGACCUCCUUGGUCGUGUAGGGUUUCUGAAAGAAGCUAGCGAGAUUGUGGAGAGCAUGCCGAUGGAGCCUAACGUAUGUGUGUUGGGAGCUCUAUUAAAUUCUUGCCGCAUGCACAAAAACAUGGACAUUGCAGAGAAUGUAGCAUCACAGCUUUUUGGUCUAGAACCGGAGAAGACAGGAAGCUAUAUGUUGCUGUCUAAUACUUACUCUGCUAGCGAAAAAUGGGAAGAAUCUGCAAAGGUUAGGGCUUUAGCCAAGAAAAAGGAUCUUAAGAAACUGUCUGGAAGCAGUUGGAUUGAAUUAAAGAAGAAAGUGUUCAAAUUCUCAUCAGGAUCAUCAGUACAUAGCGAGUUUGCGAGCGUCUACCCGGUUCUUGAGGAUUUGGUUAGUCAUGUGUGGCAGAAAGGCCCUACACACGAUGAGAGCAAUUACGGGGAGGAUCUUGACUUGUGGAUAGCGUAAGAAAUGAUUAUAUCCCGCUCAGACUAGGAAGAUGCACAAGAAACAAAACCUACCAGGCAACUUGCUAAAUACCUUUCAAACUAGCAGUGACCAAGUACUAAACUAGUCUCAAAAGUGAAGAGAGCUGAUAACCCACGGCGUUAUCUUUGAUGUGCUAAAUGAUGAUCGUAGGCAAAGCUAUAAAGAACCCUAUUGUCUGUCCAGCUGCUGCAGAACCAAGUUCAGCCUUGGAACGCUCAAUCUGGCACUGAAGAUCACACAGAAUCCUAUAACAACCACCAGUUGGUUCAUGGUCACACAAAUCAGCCUCGAAGACAAAGAUGAUGGUGUGCAUAACCAUAACUAGCUGAAAUUCUACUAUUAUUGUUUUAAGUUGAAUCAUACUAGUACAUUACUUUCAAAAUUUAUGAAAUAAUUUCAACACCAA